AUGAAACUUAUAAAACGAGGAAUAGAAAAGAACGGGCCGGGAUAUGUCGCUCUCAUCCCGGAAGAUUCCGAGGACAUGUGGCAUAUAUACAAUCUGAUACGUGUUGGUGACGUUGUCCGCUGUAAAACUAUCCGUAAGGUAGUCACUGAGACAUCAACUGGCACAACUUCUAGUCAGCGAAUGCACACCGUACUUACGAUAAAUGUGGAAGCAAUUGAUUUUGAUCCUGGAGCAAAUGCUCUUCAUCUGAAGGGUCGAAACAUUCAAGAGAACGAUCUGGUGAAACUCGGAGCCUAUCAUACCCUAGAUUUGGAACCUAAUCGAAAGUUCACUCUGGAAAAGACUGAAUGGGACACAAUCGAUUUAGAGCGCCUCGACACUGCACUUGAUCCGACUGCUCAGGCAGAUGUUGCUGCUGUUGUUCUUCAUGAGGGAAUGGCUCAUGUCUGUCUUCUCACUCCUGCCAUGACUUUAGUGCGAGCGAAAAUUGAUAUGCAGAUUCCUCGAAAACGAAAAAACUUCACUUCUCAGCAUGAGAAAGGCAUCCAACGGUUCCUCGACGCGGUUUCUGCGGCGUUUUUGCGACACGUCAAUUUCAAUAUAACAACUGAACAACGUGCAAAGUUCAUGCUGACACAUUCUAGCAGUGGUUUUAAACACGCUUUGAAAGAGGUACUUGAAGACCCAGCCGUAGCUAUUCGACUAGCUGACACUAAGGCACAAGCUGAAGUGAAGGCGCUCAAUACUUUCUUCGAACUUAUGUCAACAGAGCCAGAUCGGGCCUUCUAUGGUUACAAACACGUGUUAAUGGCCAAUAAGGAACAGGCGAUUGAGACGCUAUUACUUUCGGAUUCACUCUUUCGAUCGCAAGACCUAGCAACGAGGAAACGUUAUGUAGCACUUGUGGAAAGUGUGCGGGAACAGAAUGGUACUGUGCUAAUAUUCUCGUCAAUGCACGUGUCGGGUGAGCAGCUGAGCCUUAUUACUGGGUGUGCGGCCAUUCUUCGUUUUCCAAUGCCCGAUAUCGAAGACGAUGCAUUGAGUGAUGAGGAACACCCGUAA